UGUUACUCUAUACACACGCAUUAUCUCCGGCUCUUGUCUAUGGCCGUUUCUUAUAAGUAGUGUCUUUAUGUACUACUUCGCGGAAAGUUUCAGUCUGUGCGUCUCUGUGCUGCUGCUAACUGUUAUAGCCGUGGAGCGAUACACUGCCGUCAUGCAUCCUCUCAGAGUCAAGGGACUAUUCACAAACUGCAGAAUGCAAGCAGCCCAGAUCUCCAUCUGGGUGUUUGCUGCUGUGUAUAACAUUCCUUUGGUUGCCAUCUUUGACACUUUCGAAAUGUCAAACGGAACAGGGGAUGUAAUUGUCUUUUGCAACAUCCGAGAAGGCGUCAUUAACUUGAAGCUGUACUUCACAAUCAACUUUAUCUUGUGGUACACACUUCCGCUUGUCACCAUGUCCGUGGCGUACGCCAUCAUCUCCUGGACUCUGUGGCACUCGGGGACCAUCUUCAGCCAGCAUAGAAGCAAUGACCCCAGCUAUUACUCUAGCAUCAAGAUGGCGCCCCUCAAUAGGGAGAAUCGCCUCGAAGGCGAUAUGAAAGACAACGGUGGGAAAUCCGAUGGUAGUUUAUGUCGUCACGGUAACGGAAGCAUUGGCUGGAAUCUGUGUGAUGUUAACGACAGGUAUUACAUCCACUAUGCUAAUGACACGUCUGAUGGAGUACGUCUGAAUGGCGAAGAUAAAUCAAGUCGUGGCGGUACGGUCACCACUAGCUUUCCUGGUACAAAGAGCGACAUGUUUGUGUCAGGGCAAACUAUCAACCACAUGUACGAAUAUAACCCGCCGGUAUGCUGGUCAUGGCCGGCUAGAGAAGACACUGGUCGAGACGCUACUACUCGAAAUUUCCGCAACACGACCUGUGCCAGUCGCAUUUCUGGUAAUCACAUUAGCCAAGUGGAAACUAAUGGCUUGACUUCUACGUGCCUACUUUAUCAGAAGACUCACUCCAAACGCCAGAACGGUGUCAUCAACCAGACUGUACCUAUACCCAACAUCAAACUACGACCAACCCGUCAUUCGUUCCAUUCAGAUUAUGCCUCUGAUUCAAGUGUCGCACACACUCCAACAUGCGAUGCCGGCAUUCACAAAUCCCAGGCAUCUACGUCUGAACGAGUGUUAUCUUCUCGUCGUAAGGUAGUAAGACUACUAGUCCUGGUUCUUCUAACAUUUGGUGUCUGCGUUCUUCCUCAUCACAUUCGUUUACUUAUGUUCUACUGGAAUGUCUACCCAGAAGCGACCUUUGGAUUCAGUUUUUUUCCGCCACUGGCUUUUAUGUGUUUGUACUUGAACUCAGCUCUGAACCCAGUUCUUUACAGCUUGUUCUCAGAAAGCUUUCGUCGCAGUCUGCGUGAAUGCCUUCGCCGGCCUUGGCAUAGAGGAAAGUCGUUCGUGUCCAAACAUGUUGUUUUAUGCUUUAGAAGAAGCCACCAUCGUAGCAGCGAUACUAUGGACAUAGAAAUGGAAUAA